UCAUUUUAUUAACAAGUCCACCUGGAUGUAGAUGGAAGUUAAAAAAUGAAAAACAAACAAACAUAGUUGCAUUCAGAUGAUUUAUCUGGAUGCAUGGACAACAUGAAAAAACGAACAACACUCAGAUGGAACAUCUUGAUGAUAAGACAUUCCAGAUGUACAAACGAACAGGGUUUUUGCAUGCGCACUCGCUGACUUUUCUUGUUCCUUCCCCUUGGUCUAUUUAUGGAAAUAAAAAGAGAGAGAAGGUUUCAGCAAAAGUAUCGUUCUCGUGACUCGUGAGUGAAUAGUAAAAGAGAUCAAUGGUCUAGAAAAGAUCAUCAUCCGCGAUCGUCACGGCCAAUCUUUCGAGGUUUACUUGUAUGGAGGUCAAGUGACUUCUUUUUUUGUAACAAAAGGUCAAGUGACUUUUUGGAAGAACGAGAAAGGAGAGGAGUUACUUUUCAUGAGCUAUAUUCAAGCCUCCAAAAGCGAUUCGUGGAGGCAUUCCAGUAUUGUUUCCACAAAAAUAGGUUUUGGAAGAUCGAGGCUCAUCCUCUUCCUGUACCAUCGUCACAUCAUUCUUCUAGUGCUCUCGUCGACCUCAUCCGAAGAUCAUCUUCCCAAGAUGAUUUGAAGAUCUGGCCUCAUAAGUUUAUAUAUCGACUAAGAGUAGCAUUGGGGCAUAGAGGAGAUUUGACGUUGACAUCUCGUGUUAGGAACACUGAUGUAAAACCGUUUAACUUCACAUUUGCUCUUCAUCCCUAUUUCUCUGUUUCCGAUAUCAGGUAAUCUCUUGGCAAUUCUUGUUUUCAAGUCAACUCUUUGUGUUUGCUAGACUAGAGGGAGACAAUCAUAAUUUAUGUGUCACUGAGGCAAAAUAACUCAUCUAUAUAUUGACUUUUCCUCGAAACAUUUUUGAUAUCAAUCUUUUUUUUUUUUUUGUCGGCUGCCCAUGUAAACUAUAUCAAAUGCUGGCAGACGAGCCGACUCUCCGAAGAGCAUCUCCGUCUGUCCGGAUCUGAUCUAUAUGGGGAAAAUAUAUCCUUUGCUCCUGGCUUCUUUUGCAAGCGUGUCCGCUCGACCAUUCCUACUCCGAGGAAUAUGAGACAAACUCACAUCCUCGAAGUCUUCAUGUAGUCUCUGGAACACCUUAAUCUCUGUCGCAAAAGUUGGCCAAUCCAUCGGGUUAGUAUUCAUGUCCACUAGAUCCGAGCAGUCCGUCUCGAACCGUAUCGAAGUUAUCCUCCUGUCUCUCAUACAUGAGGUUGCCCAAAGUAAACCUUCCAUCUCAGCGUGCAGAGCUGAGAAGCUCCUGUUGCAUGCCCGUAAUCCAAAAUGUUCAGAACCCAUAUGAUCCUUCAGACUCCACCCUAAGCCACUUACGCUACCAUUAUUGAUCCAUGACGCAUCAAUUUAACAUGUAGGGAUUCGGGGUAUCCAAGGCCUUGCUUCCUCCUUUUCGUUAGCCUUCCUCCAAGAUUCUGCCUCAAGAGACGCAUGUUGGAGAGUAUCAAUCAAACAUCCUAUUUCAAAUGUUUUAGUUCUUGUUUAUUGUUCUAUUGGUGUUAGUAUACUAUAUAAAGUUAUAUAUGAACUGUCUGUGUUAGUCAAAUCCAGGUGGAAGGAUUGCAUGGUGUGAAUUAUCUUGACCAACAAAAGAACAGAACACGUUUCACUGAUCAUGACAAAGCUAUAACUUUUAAUGUUGAUAAGCUUGGAGUAGCUUAAGGAUCAAGCUACAUGUUUUGGAAAUAGGAAAGUCCUUUAUAGUUAGGAGUAUCUAACUAUCCUAUGUUAAGUGUGUUUAGGACUUUAUGAUUUAUAUAUCAAUGUCGAUGAAAGACAUUAUGUGAGAUGUGUGGGUGAUUUGAGAGCUUAAGUUUUGUGAAGUUUCUUGAGCAUUAAUAAGAGAGUAUUCUUAUUUGAAGUUUGGUCUUUUGAUUCUUGAAGUUGUGAUUCUAUAUUUGGUGUCAGAGCUUAAAGAAAAAAAAAUAAAAAAAUCGAUGGCGGAAGUGAAAGAAGAAAUCGAAUUGAAUAAAAAAGAUGGUGGUUCCACCACCAUCAAGUUUCCGAUGCUGAACUCUACAAAUUAUACAGUCUGGGCAAUGAGAAUGAAGAUAGCGCUUAAAGUCAACAAAGUUUGGGAGGCAAUCGACCCCGGGAGCAAGGCAGAAGACAAGAACAAUAUGGCUAUUGCCCUCUUGUUCCAAUCUAUACCCGAGGCGUUAACUUUGCAAGUUGGAGACUUGGACACAGCAAAAUCAGUUUGGGAUGCCAUACAGACACGUCAUGUUGGAGCCGAGAGAGUGCGUGAGGCUAGACUACAAACCUUGAUGGCGGAGUUCGACAGAAUUAAGAUGAAAGAUGAAGAUAGUAUUGAUGCGUUCGUCGGCAAACUAUCCGAAAUAUCUUCAAAAUCUGCUUCCUUGGGAGAGAUAAUUGAAGAACCAAAACUUGUCAAGAAGUUCUUGAAGAGCUUACCAAGAAAGAAGUAUAUUCACAUAGUUGCUUCUCUUGAACAAGUUCUGGACCUCAACGUAACAAGUUUUGAGGAUAUCGUUGGACGACUUAAGGCGUAUGAAGAAAGAAUCACUGAAGAAGAAGAUACACAUGAUGACUCUGGCAAAUUGAUGUAUACUGACUCUUCGAACCAAGAAAACUAUGGAAACAACUAUAGUAAUCGAGGUCGGGGACGUGGACGGCAAAACUGGAGAGGCAGAGGCCGCGGGUGCUACGGGUCUUUUCAGCAACAAAGAGAUGCUUAUAGGCAAGGAAGAGGGGGAGAUGCUUCACACAUAACAUGCUUUAGGUGUGACAAGCUUGGACAUUGCGUUCAAGACUGCCCAGACCUGAAACUAAAGUUUCAAGAGACUAUUGAAAAAAGGAUGAAGACACUCUAGAAGUAGAUACAUUAAUGAUGAACGAAGUAGUUUUUCUCAACGAAAGAAAAGUAAACCCUAGCACCUUUGAAACCGCAGGUGAUACAAAGGAUGUGUGGUAUCUAGACAAUGGCGCCAGCAACCACAUGAGUGGUAACCGUCUCUUCUUCUAUGAGCUUAAUGAAACCAUCACCGGGAAAGUGAGGUUUGGAGAUGAUUCACGAAUGGACAUAGUGGGAAAAGGCUCAGUUCGAUUUGUGUUUAAAGGAGGAGACAAAAAGGUUCUCAACAACGUCUACUACAUACCUGCAUUGAAAAGCAAUAUCGUGAGCUUGGGACAAGCCACAGAAGUAGGGUGUGAAGUAAACAUGAAAGGGAACACAUUAACAUUGCUAGAUCGGACAGGGCAGCUGAUGGUCAAGACAACAAGAUCAAAUAACCGAUUAUACAAGGUCUCUCUCAAUGUCGAGACGGUGAAGUGCUUAAAACUAAAGGCCUCGAUGAACUCUGCUAUGUGGCACGCACGGUUGGGCCAUAUUAAUAAAGAUACGAUAAGGCUGAUGGUUAACAAGGACAUUGUUGUCGGGGUUCCGGAUAUUGGUCACAUCAUUGAGACAUGCGACUCAUGCUUGCGAGGAAAACAGACCAGGAAGUCUUUUCCACAGGCGACGACGUACAGAGCAUCUAAACCUCUCGAGCUUAUUCAUGCUGAUCUCUGUGGUCCUAUAACUCCAGCGACACCAGCACGCAAGAGAUAUGCAUUUGUGCUUAUCGAUGAUCACUCACGAUAUAUGUGGACCAUAUUUUUGGAAACAAAAGUUGAAGCGUUUGAAAAAUUCAAAAGGUUUAAGCAACGUGCCGAGCAAGAAACACAAGCCAAGAUUGGAACACUUCGAACUGAUAGAGGAGGUGAAUUUGUUUCUCAUGAAUUCCAGACAUACUGUAACAUCAACGGCAUCAAUCGUCAUCUUACCGCGCCGUACACGCCACAGCAGAACGGAGUGGUAGAAAGACGUAAUCGGACGUUGCUAGAGAUGACAAGAAGCAUUUUAAAGCACAUGAGUAUGCCAAAUCAACUUUGGCGUGAAGCAAUAAGGCAUGCAACCUAUUUGAUAAACAGAGUUGCGACAAGAUCAUUGGAGCUAAGCACACCGUAUGAAGCACUAAGACAGAGAACCAAACCUUGCUCACCUGAAAGUAUUCGGAUGCGUUUGCUACGCUGCAACUAAAACCGUUGGAAGGAAGAAAUUAGAUGACAGAUCACUUGCCCUGGUUCAUCUUGGCGUGGAGCCAGGAUCAAAGGCAUAUCGCCUUUAUGAUCCAAAGAGUAGAAAGAUUGUGGUGAGCCGCGAUGUUAUAUUUGACGAGGAGAAAAAAUGGAUAUGGAACUCUGAAGAACGCGUGAAAGAUAAUGAUCAUGGAGAGCUUGAGAUAAAUACAAAGCGUUUAAGUGAUUUAGAGGAAGAGACUCCAGACAUAGAAGUUACUGAGGAUGAGAAUGUACAUGAGGACGAUGAGGAGCUUAGCGAUGAAGUCGAGGGUGAAGAAGACAAUACACAACCUAGAAGAUCAACAAGGGCAAGAACUCAACCAUCUUAUCUCGAUGAUUAUGUUCUUCUUACUGAAGUAGAAGGUGAGCGAUUAUUAAUGACCAUCAAUGAUGAACUUUGGGAUUUUAAUGAAGCUAAGGAGUUAGAGGUCUGGAUAGAAGCUUGUAAGGAUGAAAUACUCUCGAUAGAAAAGAACAACACAUGGGAUCUUGUGGAACUCCCUGCAGGCGUGAAACCUAUAGGUGUAAAGUGGGUUUUCAGUCAAACGCAAUGCUGAUGGAACUAUUAGUAAAUAUAAAGCGAGGUUGGUUGCAAAAGGGUACGUUCAGCGUCAUGGAGUAGACUACGAUGAAGUAUUUGCUCCAGUGGCUCGUAUAGAAACCAUUUGAUUAAUCAUUGCAUUGGCAGGAUCUCAUGGCUGGGAGAUACAUCAUCUCGACGUUAAAACCGCAUUCCUUCAUGGAGAACUAAAAGAAGAAGUGUUUGUCAAGCAACCAGAGGGGUUUAUUGUUCCAGGAGAAGAACAAAAGGUGUAUAAGCUUAAGAAGGCUCUUUAUGGCUUGCGCCAAGCACCUAGAGCCUGGAAUAUAAAACUGAAUCACAUCUUGCGUGGACUAGGUUUUAACCGAUGUUCUAAGGAGCCAAGCCUCUAUCGCAAGGAAGCAAAACAGGAUCUCCUCAUUGUGGUAGUAUACGUGGACGAUCUACUUGUUACAGGAUCAUCUCUUGUCGCUAUUUCUAAGUUUAAAGAAGAGAUGGCCACAAAAUUCGAGAUGAGUGACCUUGGUAAGCUAACAUACUACUUGGGAAUAGAAGUUGUGCAGUUCAACGGCGGUAUUAUACUCAAGCAAGACAGAUAUGCUCGGAGAAUCUUAGAAGAAGCUGGAAUGGAGUCAUGUAACUUGGUUCAUGUGCCGAUGGAGCUAAAUGCUCAAUUCUCAAAGAGUGAAGACGAAAGAAGUACUGAUGAAACAGAGUACCGUCGACGUAUUGGUUGUCUCCGAUAUUUACUCCACACUCAUCCUGACUUAUCCUUUAGCGUUGGAGUUCUCAGCAGAUAUAUGCAGGCUCCUAAAGAGUCUCAUAGUGCAUCACUAAAGGCGAUCCUUAGAUACCUCCGAGGAACGAGCUCUCUUGGAUUGUUCUACCCUCGGGGAAAUAAUAUGAAGCUGAUAGUAUACAGUGAUAGUUCUCACAAUGUGGACUUAGAUGAUGGCAAAAGUACUUCGGGACAUAUAUUCUAUCUUGGUCAGGCGCCUAUCACUUGGAGUUCAACAAAGCAAGAGAUUGUCACAUUAUCAUCCUGCGAAAAUGAGUUUAUGGCAGCUACCGAGGCAGCAAAGCAUGCUAUUUGGCUUCAAGAACUCUUAGGUGAAGCUAUUGUAGAAGAGAGUAAAUGUGUGACCAUUAAAGUCGACAACAAAUCUGCAAUUGCGCUUUCAAGAAACCCUGUGUUUCAUGGACGAAGUAAGCACAUACAUCGAAGAUUUCACUUCAUAAGAGAAUGCGUAGAAAAGGAGCAAGUUGAAGUUAUUCAUGUUCCAGGUAAUGAACAUAAGGCGGACAUUCUUACUAAAUCACUUGGAAGGAUCAAGUUCAAAGAGAUGAGAGAUCUUAUUGGAGUUCGAAAUGUGUGUGAAGAUGAGAUCAAGCUUAAGGGAGAGAAUGUUGAUAAGCUUGGAGUAGCUUAAGGAUCAAGCUAUGUUAAUAGGAAAGUCCUUUAUAGUUAGGAGUAUCUAACUAUCCUAUGUUAAGUGUGUUUAGGACUUUAUGAUUUAUAUAUCAAUGUCGAUGAAAGACAUUAUGUGAGAUGUGUGGGUGAUUUGAGAGCUUAAGUUUUGUGAAGUUUCUUGAGCAUUAAUAAGAGAGUAUUCUUAUUUGAAGUUUGGUCUUUUGAUUCUUGAAGUUGUGAUUCUAUAUUUAACUCCCAGGUAAACUUAUCUUUCAACUCACUGAUAAUGUCAAAGCUAUAAUAACACUACUAACUUGUGGAAUAGCUUGACAGGCUUUACCUAAACACUCCAAAUAAAAUCGUGGUACACAAGGAAGGACAAAUUGAUGCUGUGGUGUGGAAUCCAUGGGAAAAGAAAGUGUCCGACUUGGGAGUUGAAGAUUACAGUCGUUUUGUUGCUGUGGAAAGCGCUGCUGUCCAUAAACCUAUCAUACUGGAACCAGGAAAAGAGUGGAAAGGAAUACUCCAAAUGUCUGUGGUUCCUUCGAGCUGAAAGCUUGACAUUUAUGCGCCAGUUUUCUGCAAAUAACGUAAUUACUGUUUAACGAUUUUUUCAAACAUUGGUAUUUUGUAACUGUAGUAACUUAAUACAAGGACCUAUGUUUGAUUCAUUAUUUUCAAAUUUUAGAAUUAGUAUAUUUUUAACCCCUUUUAGUUAAUUGAAAAAAAAAACUAAAAGAAAAACUAACAGAGACAUAUAGAAAGAACAAAACUUAGGGGUGAACCUAAGUUCUGUCCAUAUAGAAACCAUUCCUUGAAUGAAUGCGAAUUUAUCAUUUCAUUCCUUAAAUAACAUAUUCUCUAAAUAUUCAUACUUGUUAUCCAAGACAUAUAUACUCUGUAUAUAUUGUACUAGUGGUAACGAGAAGACGAACAGCACACAGUUAAUUAGGGUAUCAAAAAUGUCUCAUAUUAUUGUCAAUCGAUUAUUCAAGCCCUCAGUCUCCAGAAAAUUCCUCGAAAACAUGUAUAUUAUACACAGAAACGUUCGUCUGUUCACAUCUGAUCAACCCUACCCGUUUCUUUUGGUCGACCACAUCCUUAAGAACCCAAAAUCUCCGGACGGUGGCCUAGGAAUAGAGUACUCAAGUUGCCGCCAGGAAAAUAAAAUCGUCAUUACCGACAAGAAAGUCAUGAAGAACGUAUGUGAUGCAAUGACUGUCGGAUUUUCACGUGAUGGUUUGAAGUUAGCACUUACGCACAAGGGUCUAGCUAUCCGUUACAAAAACGUCUCGGCUCAUCUACCUCCUCUACCAGACGGUUCACUUCAAAGCCUGGCCAUGUCCUCUUUACCUACCCGAGAAAAAGAUUGGGUAGUAGGUGUCAAGUCAUCGGGAUCUCGGUUGAGUCUAUGUAGGCCUUUCGAGAGCUGUAAAUGGAUAGACAUAAAAAACGCGCCUGGGUUUAUCAACCCUAUGUCGAGCCUCAUGUUCUCCAAAGAAGAUAAUCGUUUCUACAUUCCUAGCCGAGGAGGCAAUUACUUGUGCUAUUUGGUAGAGAAGCAAGAAAAACUCGAGGUCAUGGACUUGAAGUUUGACGAAUUUCCAGCGUCGGUGUAUGAGGAGGUUGCGAAGUUGAGUUCAUUAUCAAGAACAGACCACCUUGUGGAGUCACCGACCGGCCAACUUUUCCUUGUCAAGUGGUAUGGUGAGGACUCAGAGGACGAUGAAAACGAGGGGUCAACAUUGAUGCACGUGACGAAAAAAAUCAUGGUGUAUAGGGCGGGGGUGCAAUCGGGUUACUAUGAAAAGACAAUGAUCUACACAGAAGACAUUGGAGAUCUUUGCAUCUUUCUUGGACAUAGCCAGGCUUUCUGCGUCCCGGUCAGCUCGUCUCCGGGACUCAAGCCUAACUGUAUCUAUUUUGUGGGUCGUAACUUUGGGGUUUAUGAUCUCACCACAAAAACAUGCACUGCCUUCUCAACACAAUAUGAUGGUCCAGUAAGGAGAUCGGAGUUCCCUUACUGGCCUCUCUAGUAGCUCCUUGU